GACCGCUGUCUGGAGUUGCAUACUUGAGGAGAGACGAGAGGGAAGGCAACUCCUGCUUGUCAUUACAUGUAGUUGCGUUUGACUUCUUCUGCGAGGAUGUAUACGACGGGACUGAAUCCAUUUUACGCAUCGAAUUUUAGCCUUUGGACUGCGUACUGUUCGGGCGGUUUUGGGGUGGAUACCAUGAAAAAACCCUCGUUUUGUAUCGCUGAUAUUCUGCACGUUGGAGAUGCUGAAAACAUCCCCGGGUCAUCGGCGCUCAUGGCUCAUAUUGGAGCCCGGGCGCAAGUUCAUUCGUCGGGAUCUCCUCUGCGCCCUUCCCCGGUCACUCCGGACGCGUCGCCGGUGUUUAGCGCACGGAUGAACCCCGCGUCCGCGUAUCACAGGCAUGGAAUACACUUGACAUCUGUGUCCAGAGCCGCGAUUAACGCGCAAUGCGCGCCUCCCCUGUCCAGUAAAGACCUCAAAUUCGGGAUUGAUCGGAUAUUAUCCACAGACUUCGAGCCAAAAGCGAAAGAAACAUCAAUGCGAGAUCUCACAUCGAUUAUUAGUCAGAAUCGGCAGUCAGCUGUCCAUGUAUCUGCGAGCCCGUACUUCGCGUCCAUAGACCCGGCCAUGAGCGAAACCUCCUCCAUGAUGGGUUCUAUAGGCAGUGCCGCCAGACAAUCAGGGCAACAUCCGUUUCAGGACACCUUCCCAGGGCCGUAUGCAAUCCUAUCCAAAGACACAAUGCCACAGACGUACAAGAGAAAAAGGUCCUGGUCCAGAGCCGUGUUCUCCAACCUCCAGAGAAAAGGACUCGAGAAACGUUUCGAAAUCCAAAAGUAUGUCACGAAACCGGACCGGAAACAACUGGCCGCGAUGUUGGGCCUCACCGAUGCACAGGUCAAAGUUUGGUUCCAGAACCGACGAAUGAAAUGGAGGCACUCCAAAGAAGCGCAGUCCCAGAAGGACAAAGAAAAAGAACAACCGGAUAAAUCCGUUACCGAGACCGAACAGAAAGUGCGCGACGAUUCCGAAUGCGACAGCGAACCGAGCGAGUCCGAGUUCGAAGACGCGCCGGAUGACAAAAGCGACGUGGACAUUUCUGAACUCAGUAAAGCCAGUGUGAUUAUUCCUGGACCGGGUCCCGUGAGCACAGAGGACACAUCCACAAUAAUCUCCGGGACAGAACCGAGCACAGCGACGCAAAUACUGCUGUGAGGAGCCGGGAAUCGAAUGUUCAUGAAUUGAUUGUAUUAUAUUUUGUCUGUAAGUAUUUGCACUGAAAAUGUAAAUAAAAGUUUGUUCAUA